UUCCCAAAUGCAGUUCAUGUGAAUCAGCUGAUGAACCAGACCUUCUCAUUAAGACGCAAAGAAAUUGUGGAAGAGCAGCCCCCUUUGAAACAGAUGUUGGAACGAUGGCCAGCUCUCUUCAGAAAACAACAGGUCUUUGCAGAAUUCACAAGAGUGGCAAGUAAAGAUCUUGAAUGGGACUUCUUUGAGUCCUUGGACUGCCAUACCCCACGUUUCCUUGAGAUCUUCAAAUCUAAAACUGGAAUAAUUGGAAGGACACUUAAGGAGAUCCUUUCCCAGGUUGAAACAAAGACCCAUGAUAUCGAAGCCAUGAGGACUGCUGUCCUGCGAUGUCUUCCAGUUUUCCUCGGGGAUGAUGGAAGUGAUUUUUUCAAAGUCUGUUUUGACACUGAUACCAUCGCAGAUGUCACACAAGUUCCUGUUGGGGUCUUGACUGUUAUACCUGAAGACAGACAGCAGCCAGGUCCACAUGCCCUGCACCUUGAACCCUCCAGCAUUGCUAUCAUACUGGAAGGUAAUAUCGUCAUGGAUGACAUUGGAAGCCACGCACAAGCUUUUUGUGUUACAUUUGGACUAAUAUACGCUCUUCAUUUGGAUUAUCCAAAAAGACUCAGGAACACCUUUGACUUCAUUCAGAGGGUGAUGCUCAACCUGGGUGGGCAACCUGAGACCAAAACUUCAGAGCUUGAAAAAUGCUCUUUUGCAGUAGGUGGGUGUACUGCUGGCAGAUCCUUAAAAUAGCAAGGGAUCCUGAAGCAUAUUGAUUUGAGUGUUAAACUCAUAUAUUUGCAACUAACCUCUGCAAAGUUAAGUUACAGUCUGUCACAGAUGGAUGAUUUUGGUUACUUGUUAUACUUAAGUUUCUAUAGUGUCUCAGUCUGUGGGAUGGAGGGUUAAUCCCAUCUUGAUUAAUCUAAACUAGUUUGUGAAGUUUAGUAAAUAAAAGUUUGACUGAAUGUAAGUGGCAUUAGCAGUCUUCUGAAGAGCAGAGUCAUUUUGAGAAGUCAGACUCAGGGAAUGAGUCAGAUGAUUGCAAAAAACCUCCUUGUGUACUUAUCCAAAUGUUUGUUUUAAAAUGUUGGGACACACCACCCCUAAAUGUUAAAGAUGUUACAGAAAGAUUUGAUGGCAGUGAGCCUUAACUACCAGUUAAGUUGUACUAUAGAUGCACCAAUUUUCUGUCCUUGUGAAAAAAUAUUGAAUUUAUUUGUUGAAUUGUUUGGAUUUGCUUAAAUCAUCUUGCGUUCUAGAUAACUCAGACCAUACCAGCAUUAAUACACCUAGUUUGAUAGUGACCCCAAAAUUUUUAGGGAUACUUCUACUGCAAGUUGUUAAUGUCGAUGGAGCUUUGGGGAAUUCAAAUACCCAGAUUGCCUGUAUAAAUCCACCUAUUUUUGCAUUUUGUUUUGUUUAUUGCAUUUCAAGUAUAUGCAUUGUUUGUGGUUCAUUUAACUUGAAAGCUGGCUGAAGCUUAAUUGAAUAUUGGUAUUGUGAUAAAAGGAGCCUUGUUGUAGUCUUAAGUAAUGUCAGAGAAGGUUUCUACAUUUGUUUAGAAAAACUUGCUUAUAAAAGAUUAUUUUACAAGGCUUACAUUUUUGUUUUUAUGGUGAAAUAUCAUUUGUUUCCACAAACAGUGGCCUUGGCUUAAGGUGCACAGCAUUACAUUUUGUUCAAAUAAUAAAAGCCUGCAAACUUAUCAUUCUUUGUUCUGCUUACUUGAUUUUUUUAGUGCAAUCGGUUUCCUAGAUUCUACUGAGUAAACACAACUGUACAGUUAAGUAAGACUAACUUGGCUUACUUAAGUUGGUAACACUUAGAAAGAUCAAGCUCAUUAUACUUACUAUUUUUAAGUUUAAACAACUUAAUAAAAUUAAGUAAACACAACUGCUCAGUUAAG